AGGAAACUUCCGUUUGGUGGUCUUACUCUGAAACCAUUUUAGCAGAGACGGUGCAACUCCAUGAUGGCAACUCUGGUGAAAACACACGUGGAAUUAUCUGAUUAACCACAAAAAACCAUCACACUGACACAACAGACGUGUAGGAACAGAUAAAAAGCCAAGAAGCGAACCAUGUGGCUCUCCAUGACAAGAGACGAUGUAGAGCAGCCUCAGUUUGAGGACAACAAUGACCAAAGUGAUUCUGAAGGAGGGAGCAACGAUGAAAGGUCAGAUGAUGGAGGAGAAAAUGACAGAGGUAGUGAAGGGGAGGAGGAUGAAGAUGGAGGAGAUAAUGAGGAGGGAGAUGAUGGUAAAAACAAUGCUGGCUGGGCAGAGGCCAUGGCAAAGAUCUUGGGGAAGAAAAUCCCUGGGAGCAAAACCAGCAUCCUGGUGAAGAACAAAGAGCUGGACAAGUUGAAGGAAAAAGAAAGACAGGAGCAGCUGGAGAGAAAGAAACAGGUUGACAAGAAGCGAGAGUGGGAGAUGAUGUGCAGGGAGAAACCUGACGUAGUGAGUGACCGUGAGACUGAAAGAGCUCUACAGAGAAUUGCUACCAGAGGGGUGGUGCAGCUGUUCAACGCUGUGAGGAAACACCAGAAAACAAUCGAUGACAAGGUGAAAGAAGUUGGUGGCUCAGAGAGGAAAAAGGCCAAGUUUCUUUCGUCUGUCUCUAAGAAAGACUUCAUUGAUGUGCUGAGAAGGACCGAGGGAGGCAGCAGAGUCAACGUCAAGACUGAAAAGGAUGCUACUGCAGCAGCAGAAGAGAAGCCCGCCUGGAGCGUCCUCAGAGACGAUUUCAUGAUGGGAGCCACCAUGAAAGACUGGGACAAAGACAGUGACAGAGAGGAGGCUGCUACACAUUCGGGGGGGGUGGAGGAAAGUGAUUCGGACUGACACCAUCCAAACGGACUGAUGGGGUCAUGAUGCAUUCAGGGAGCGAAGCCUCAGCAACAUCCUGGAAAUGAAGACGUGGGAAAAUAAUGGAGCCGUUGCCCGCUCUUGAUCAGUUUGUGGACUGAAAAAGGAUAAAGAAAACCUGGAAAUUGUCUUUUUCUGAUUGUACACACAACAAAACGUAUCUCACAUUCUGACAUUUGUUGCAGAAUAUAUUGUGCACUGAGGCUAGUGACUGUAAAACAUACUGUACAGGAUGUAACAGAUUUUGAGGCUCCUGCCUGCCAUCACAGAUUCAGCACUUGUUUGCUCCCAUUUUGUCUACAAACUCUUAUUAUUGAAAGACCUGUGAGGGUGCAAACUCUGUAAAUAGGAAUGUUUUGUACAGCGCUGGUUGAACAAACAGCCAAUUCAUGUAUUUCCUUCAGUAGUCGGUGGUCUUUCUGUAGACUGAACUGUCUGGUCAUUGAAUGUCUUAAGCGCUCAGUAUGGUCUGUCUUACAGUGUAGUGUUAGGUGGGGCUCUCUUCUCUGCUCAGUAUGGAGAGGAGGAAUAAUUACAGCGACCCAUAACUCUUGAAAAAAUCUAAACCUAUCCUUUUAAGCAGUGGUUCCUCCACAACAGGUCACAAUAUCCUUAAAUCUGAGGGGUUGUGAAAUGGUUCACAGGAUAGGAGAUCAGAAACAAACAUUUGUGCUACACAAGUGGGUUUAUUGUGCAGACAGUCCUCUAAUCUUUGGUGUUUUCUUGUGAAUUACUUGAUAAUUUUAUAUCUUUAGGCCCCUGAAGCUUAUAAAUGUGUUGAACACAUCCUGUAUGCAUAUGACGGGGUCACAAGUAGCCAUUGCUUCGUUUUAAGAGGUCACAAGCCAAAAAGGUUGGGAACCACUGCUGUAAGGGAUAAGGCGUGAGUCUGUAUGUUUCUUAUUCAGUCCCAUAAAAAGACCAAAACCAAA